GUAAAAAGAACAAGGGAGGAAAGAAAAAACUUGGGGCAGAGACAAAGAAAGUGUUAAACAGGGAAAACAGACUGAAACAACAAAGUCAACAGGGAAGAAGUCUGCUUUGUGGCAGCCUUUUUCUUUUUAAUGACUUGUAAUUCCUAUCAUGGAUUCAGAAGACUCUUCUUAAAACGGUUACAAAUAAUUAUAUAAGCAAAAGCUCGAUUACUUCUUUCCAAUCUUUUUUUUUUCUUUUUCUAAUACUAAGCGGUAAUUUUUUUUUCCUUUUACAAAAAGCUAUCAAAUGUUCUCCUCUUGAGUCCUCAGUCGCUCUCCGUCUUUCUUGCUUUUUACACCCUUCAUUUCUUUAUUCAAUUGAUUGUGCAAACUAAUAAAGUCGAUUAUAUAAUAAGAAGAGGAAGAAGAGCCACAACAUCAACAAGAAAAAAAAGAGCUCUUUUAGCAGACACCAGUUUCACCACCCACCAACAGCAGAAAGCAAGGCCAUGUUCUGGCCUUUGAAUUGAUCUUUUUCCUGACUUCGAAUUUGGGAAGAAGGUUACCUAGAACUUGAUGCUGAAGAGAAAUUAGUUAGGCAAAUUAGAGGUUUUGCAGAAUUUUUAAUUUCUAUGGGUUGGUUGUGCUGCUUUAGUUCAUCUCAGCUUGGAGGAGGGCGUUCAUUAUCUAGUUCUGGUAAGGGGAAAAGCCAUGAGGGUAUGAUGAGGUUUGGUUUCAGCCUAGUAAAAGGGAAAGCUAAUCAUCCUAUGGAGGAUUAUCAUGUCGCUAAGUUCAUGCAGAUUCAAGGACACGAGUUAGGGCUUUUUGCUAUCUAUGAUGGUCAUCUGGGAGAUAGUGUACCAGCCUACCUUCAGAAGAAUUUGUUUGACAAUAUCCUAAAGGAGGAAGAGUUUUGGGUUGACCCCUUAAGAGCCAUCUCGAAAGCUUAUGAGAAAACAGACCAGGCAAUUCUUUCACAUAGCUCAGACUUGGGUCGUGGUGGAUCCACUGCUGUAACUGCAAUAUUGGUAAAUGGAAUAAGGCUAUGGGUGGCAAAUGUUGGAGAUUCACGUGCAGUUCUUUCGAGAGGCGGUCAGGCAAUACAGAUGACUACAGAUCAUGAGCCCAAUACUGAACGAGGCAGCAUUGAGAACAGAGGCGGAUUUGUCUCAAAUAUGCCAGGAGAUGUUCCUAGAGUUAAUGGACAACUGGCAGUUUCACGUGCUUUUGGGGACAAGAGCCUUAAAUCACAUCUCCGAUCAGAUCCAGACGUUCAAAACACCAUCAUAGAUAACAAUACCGAUAUUUUAGUCCUGGCAAGUGAUGGCCUUUGGAAGGUGAUGGCUAAUCAAGAGGCUGUUGAUAUUGCAAGAAGGUUCAAAGACCCAAAGAAGGCCGCAAAGCAACUAACCACUGAAGCAGUUAAAAGAGACAGUAAAGAUGACAUAUCUUGCGUUGUCAUUAGAUUUAGGGGAUAGAACCAUUUAGAUUAUAUUGCUCUCCUGGUGCAGUAUACACCGAAAUAAGAGUUUGUUUACACAGGAUGCCGAUUUGUGGAUUAGACCAACAGGAAAAUACAUACUUGCUUGGGGCAAUCCUUGAAGUUAUGCGGAAGUCAAGGUUUGCAAUUUACUUGUCAGUAAAAAACGAAAUGCAGGAUUGGCCCUAUGUGAAUUCAUUUUAUCAAUUAGGUUCUGAUGUUUGAUAUUGUUUGAUUUCUUUACUAAGGUGAUUAGGAAUUCAAUGUAUAUUUUUGUUACUUGUC